AUGAAACAAGGCUCGGAGCCUGUCCAUAAUUUGGUUCGUGUUUCGGUAGCGUAUCCAAGGCUGUGUCAGGUCUGUGAAGACUACAUCAUAACUCCGCGAUGCACAGCCCGACAAUGCAUCACAUGUGGGUGUCUGCUCCACGCCGUUUGCAUUGGCAGGGCGGCAAGAUGCCAGGGAUCUUUAUCCACUCCCUCUGCUUCUGGCUCCGUGUCUUCAGGAAAUAGCGAAGUUGUUGUGAGCGAUACCGAUACCUCCGCAGCCGUGACUCUCUCUGAUCAGCCUCUUGCUAACUGGUCAGUGGAGCAAGUUCUCCAGUGGCUGGUCGUAGUGGGCUUCUCACGCUACGCCGUCCUCUUCCUCGCCUACAACAUCAAUGGCGAGAAACUGCCAGGUUUGUUGAAACCUCUUAGUCCACUGGACGACAUCAAAGACGCUUUUGCGCGCCGCGUCCUGAAACGCGCUAUCAUGACCCUCAUUGGAGAAUUGCCCUCACCGGCUGAUAGGAAGUUUGCCUCUUCCAAGGACUCUUCCGUCACACCGCAUGCUGAUCUGCAUUUGCAGAACUUUACCUGUGAAUUGGCGUGCUGCGUUUGCAGUCUCCCACUUUUAGGGCUAACCUCUCAGGGCUAUCAGUGCAGCACCUGCGGUAGUGUCUUUCAUCGCAUUUGUCGCAUCUUCACUGAGGAACAUCCAGCCUGUCCGGGUCGGUUGUUGAUAGAGACACUGGCCUCGUCACAAACCAGUUUUGAUUCACCUCCCCCGGAUUUAGACUUGGGCCAAAGCGGUGGUAAACUGCCUGUUGCGGCACCGGUCAUAAAGCAUACCUAUUUAACCGUCCCACUGGAUAAACAGCAACUGGCGACUUACAACGCGCAGGAGACAACAAAGCAGCGUCCUUCACAGCAGUUCCUACCUUCAUCCACCUCAUUCACUUCUGCUUUGCCGAUGAUAAACUGCGUGGAUGUGUACCGAUCCUCCGCGACCGGUCGGGAGCUCUACGACCUUGAGUGUGCCUACGCCGAUCGUCUACCCACUGAUCUGGAAAAGAUGACGUCGGUUUCAACGUUGCAUCGAUUGGUUCGACUAGCGCAGAUUAUCAAACACUUUCUCAAACUACUCCCCGAGCCUGUGAUUCCCGCAGAAAUGUACCAAGGAACCCUGGAUUUGGCACCUGGCAACAAUAGCAGCAGUGCAUCCGCCACUUCCGGUGAUAACUCUGGUCUGGAAGAAUUUCUAUCCUCCCUACCUCCUCGUAACCUCGCCACCCUUCGGCAUGUAAUGCAACACGUCGGCUUUAUCCUCUGCCACCAACGUCUCCUCAAGGUUCGUCUCUCCGUUGGUCAACUUCGGCAGCCAUGUGUUGCUAGUUCCGCAACCACGAGUAGCACUAUCGAUAAUCUCGACGACCCCAGUCUCAUCCUCUCCAUCCUCGCUCAUGUCCUCAUGCGACCCACCUGGCGUCGCGUGGUGCUUCUCACCUCACCUGAUGGUGACUUUCGACGUCUGAAGGCACUAAAGCGCCUCUUUGAACACUUCAAUCGAACGCCUGGAGCUACUGAUUUUGGCGGCCGAACUCAUAGUCGAUCGGCGCGGUCGGUUAAAAGCUAUGAAUGCUACGCUGAACUAUUGGCCCAAUCCGGUGGUGGGUCGAUUCGUUCAGUAGCACCUUCGUCUGCAGCAGAGGGAACAGAGGCAGCCUCGCAGUGGGCCCCACCGACAGCACAAUCUGUUGAGCGUAAUCGGCACGAUCUUGCCACACGCGACUGGUACUGGGGCGAUGUUUCACGCUCCGAAGUGAGCGAAGUCAUGCGCGAACGACCCGACGGCGCUUUCUUGGUUCGCGACUCCUUUGCCACCACUGGUGCCUUCACGCUAACUGAGAAGUGCGUUUUAACAGUCGAAAUACCCGCUUCUAGCUUUUACAGAUCGUUCUGCAAAGCUCUUCUAGUUAUCUGA